AUGAAGCGUGAGAUAAAAACCCCCAAUAUUCCUGAAGAGAGUUUCCAAGGCGAUAAGAAAGGGAAACAAGGGAGGACUUCUGGCCCUGCAAGACGAUCAACCAAAGGACAAUGGACAUCUGAAGAGGACGAAGUCUUGUGUAAAGCUGUUGAGCGUUUUCAAGGAAAGAACUGGAAGAAGAUAGCUGAAUGUUUCAAGGACCGGUCAGAUGUCCAGUGUCUUCAUAGAUGGCAAAAGGUCUUGAACCCAGAGCUUGUGAAAGGGCCGUGGUCGAAAGAGGAGGAUACAACAAUAAUUUCUCUGGUAGAAAAAUACGGGCCAAAUAAAUGGUCAACUAUUUCUCAGCAUUUACCUGGGCGCAUAGGAAAGCAAUGUAGGGAAAGGUGGCAUAACCAUCUUAACCCUGGCAUCAAUAAAAACGCAUGGACUCAGGAAGAGGAAUUGACUCUUAUUCGUGCGCAUCAAAUUUAUGGAAAUAAAUGGGCAGAGCUAAAGAAAUUUUUGCCUGGAAGGUCAGAUAAUUCAAUAAAAAAUCACUGGAACAGCUCAGUUAAGAAGAAGUUAGAUUCCUACUAUGCAUCAGGUCUUUUAGAUCAGUGUCAAAGCUCGACAUUAGUUGCCCUUCAGAACAAAUCUGUUGCUUCAUCUUCCUCAUGGAUGCAAAGCAGUGGAGAUGAAACUAAUUCUAGGCCAGGGGCUGAUGCUGAAGAAUCAGAAUGCAGCCAAGCUUCAACUGUUUUCAGUUGUUCACAAUCUACAAAUGAUUUACCAGAUGAGGUUAAAUCUGCAAAUGAGGAAUUUUACAUGCCUGAGUUGCCUUCAGGAACAGAGCAGCAGAACACAAACUCUGCAUCUCAUGCAGAACAGUACUACCCUUCCUUUGAAGAUGUCAAAAUUGUUGUCCCCGAUAUUUCUUGUGAAGCAGAAUGCUCAAAUAAGUUUCAGAAUCAUAAUUGUUCUCAGGAGGUUAGAACUAACCCAACUACGGAGGAUCAAUUGCAGGGUGUAUCUAAUGAUGCUAAACAAGACCUCGGCGUAGACUGUCCUCAGUUAUUGACCCAUACAAUGGACGUAGAUGGAAAUACUGAAGCACUCAAAGCUUUUCAAAGUUCAGUCAGAUUAACUGAUCAACCUUUGUUGCCAAACUCGGACACUGGUUCUCAUCAACAAGCUCAAACCUUGAUCUCAGACGAGGAGUGCUGUAGGGUUCUUUUCCCAGAUACCAAGAAAGAUAGCAGUACAUCUUCUGGAGAACAAGGUCCAAAUAUGGUUGGCCCUCAAAAGGGCAAAGGAUCUCUUAUCUCCCAGUCUACAGAAACCCAUGCUCAAGAAACUGGAAACAUUCCAGCUUUAUCCUGGCAUCCUCCAAGUUCUGAGGGUCUGGCGAGUCAUAAUUGUGCUCCUUUGUUAGAUUCAGCUGUGAAGGACUCACUUUUAGUCCGUAAUGAUUCUAAUGAUCCUAUUCAAGGUUGUCACCUUCUUGGAGCUACUGCAUUAGAACAUACAACUGAUACAAAUGAUAGUUUCAUCAACACUGAUGGACGUGUAACUUCCCAUGGCAAUUAUGAUAAUGAUGGUAUCCCAGAACAGCAGGAGCUGUCAUAUAUUCCCAAGGAUUCUUUGAAGCUGGUACCUCUGAAUAGUUUUUCUUCUCCUUCUAGAGUGAAUAAGAUUUAUUUUCCUAUUGACGAUAAGCCAGCUGAAAAAGACAAAGGAUCUCUUUGUUACGAACCUCCUCGUUUUCCAAGUGCAGAUAUUCCUUUCUUCAGCUGUGAUCUUGUACCAUCAAAUAGUGACUUAAGGCAAGAGUACAGCCCCUUUGGUAUUCGUCAGUUGAUGAUUUCUUCGCUGAAUUGUACAACUCCGUUAAGGUUAUGGGAUUCACCGAGUCACGAUAAGACUCCUGAUGUCAUUAAAGAUGCUGCCAAAAGUUUUAAUGGAGCACCAUCCAUCUUAAAGAAGCGGCAUCAGGACUUGCUGUCACCUCUGCUUGAUAGAAGAAAAGAAAAAAGGCUUAAAAGAGCUGAGGCUUCCUCCUUGUCUAAAGAUUUUUCACGCUUAGAUGUUAUGCUUGAUGAUGAAGAUGAUUGCAAGUCCUCUUGUCCAUUAGAUUCUCCUGACGACAAAAAUAGAUGUGCCUCCCAUUCCGAAGCCAAACAUAAUAGGGAUUCUGCUUCAGGUCGGUCAGAUCAAGAAAUGAUUUCUAUAUAUGAGGACCCAAAGGAAACAUUGGAGUCCGGAGGAGUGACUUCUGUGACAAACGAAAAGGGAUGUUAUGACGGUGGUGCUUCAGCUAAAAAUGACCAAGAAACUACUACAAGUUAUGUUGAUCAUAAUGAUGAGGAGAUACAACUGUGUUCUCCUGAUAAAACUGGAUCUAGACCAGAUAAUGCAAAAGAUCCAUCGAACCAACAGAAAAGGUCAUUAGAUACAAUUCCAACUGGAGAAUUCUCACCAGAACCUCUAUACACUGCAGACUACAUUCCUUUAUCAGCAAUCGCAGGAAAUAAAACCAACACUGCAGAGAGCAGUGUUAAUAUUGAUUUCAGCAUAUUUGAUGGAACGCCGUUCAGAAAACUCCUUGAUACCCCAUCACCGUGGAAGUCCCCUUUACUCUUUGGUUCUUUCUUGCAAAGUCCAAAGUUGCCUCCAGAAAUUACAUUUGAGGAUAUUGGGUGCUUUAUGAGUCCGGGAGAGAGAAGUUAUGAUGCCAUAGGACUGAUGAAGCAUUUGAGUGAACACACAGCUACGGCUUAUGCAGAUGCUUUGGAAGUUUUGGGUAAUGACACACCUGAAACGAUACUCAAGAAGAGACAGCUGAACAAAUCUAUUCAAGGGAAAGAAAACCAGCACUGGCCUCACGAUCAACUAGAAAACCGAUCCCAGGUGGAGCGUCGCACCUUGGACUUCAGUGAUUGCGGGACACCGGGGAAAGGAAAUGUAUCCUCGGCUUCUCCGGGGGGUUACUCGAGCCCAUCAGCUUACCUUUUGAAGAGUUGCAGAUAG